AUGAAGAAGAGCAGGCCUUUCACUGUCAAAGUUCACUUAGAAAAUCACCAGACAGUUCAUAGUGACGACAAACCAUAUAGAUGUGAACAGUGUGGCAAAGCAUUUUCUCGCCUUGGUUACUAUAAAUUUCAUAUCAACAUUCAUGCUUCAGAUCCACCAUAUAAGUGUAAAAUAUGCUCUCGGGGUUUUAAUUCUUGUGGAAACUUGACAAAGCACAGAAAAAUUCAUGAUGAAGUCAAACACUAUAAGUGUCAGUACUGCCCAGCUGCCUUUUAUGUGUCUCAGAGUUUGAAGGUACACACAAGAGUUCAUACAGGUGAGAAACCUAUUCAGUGUCCUUUGUGUGGUGUAAGCUAUCGAUUUGAAAGCAGUUUGAGGAAGCAUGCUGCAUCAAAACAUCCAGAAUUUGAAGUUAAAGGUGUCAUUCUUGUACCUCGCUCAAAGAAAUAA